AUGCUGUCCUCCCUCGCGCUCUCCGCGGUCCCGUUGCUGCUGGCCGGCCUGCAGGCUGCGACUGUGGGCGCGAUUCCAACCAUUUCGGCGGUCGGAUCCAAGUUCUUCUAUGAAAAUGGAACACAGUACUACCUCAAGGGUAUCGCCUAUCAGUUGACUCCCAACGAUCCGCUUAUCGACACUGCCCAGUGCGAGCGCGAUAUCGUGCGCAUGUCCGAGCUGGGCGCCAACGCCAUUCGAGUGUACCACGUGGACCCCAAUGGUGAUCACAAGGGCUGCAUGACGGCCUUUGCGGAUGCUGGCAUCUACCUCUUCGUUGAUCUCGAUACCUUCACAACCCAGAUCGAGCAGACCUCCCCUCACUGGAACGAGACUCAAUUGGACCGCUUCAAGGAGGUCCUCGAUGAGUUCCAGCAGUUCGAAAACACUGCUGGUGUCUUUGUCGGCAAUGAAGUCCUGACCACGACGAAUGGCUCCCACGCUGCCCCUUACGUUCUGGCGGCUGCCCGCGAUAUCAAGGCGUACCGAGAUCAGAAGGGUUACCGCCAGAUCCCCGUCGGUUAUUCAGCUGCAGAUAUCGCCGACCUUCGCCCUAUGCUCCAGAACUACGUUGCGUGCUCCAAGAACGAAUCGGAGCGUCUGGACUUUUACUCGUUGAAUGCCUACGAGUGGUGCGGCCAGUCCAGCUACGAGGUCUCGGGAUACAACAUGCUGCAGAAGAAUGCUACGGACUACCCCAUUCCCAUCUUCUUUUCCGAGACGGGCUGCAACACCCCUGCACCUCGAACCUUUGACGACCAGGACUCUAUCUUUGGCUCGAAGAUGUCUGGUACUUGGUCUGGCGCGAUUAUCUACGAGUGGAUUGAGGAGACCAACGAUUAUGGUCUGAUCAACUACGGCCCCUCGGUCAGCGCUGCGACCAACACCAUUGUCGAAGAUGGCUACACCCGCAAGGGCACACCAACCCCGGUGUCGCCUGACUUUGCUAACCUCAAGUCCCACUGGGCGACGCUGAACCCGACUGGAGUUGCUCUGUCAAGCUACAAGAAGGAGACAGGCAUGUCCUGCUUAUACCUCCGGCGGCUGGGCGGUCGACCCGAGCUCCCUCUCCCCACCCUGGGACAGACCUACAAGGAGGAGAAGUCGGGAAGUGCUGCCACGGCUUCGGGCAAGGGCUCGACUGCCUCUGGUACCGGCGCCAGCGCAAGCUCCACCAAGAACGCUGCCAGCACCUUUGGAGUCCACGGCUCCUCGGCUCCCGGUCAUCUCCUGAUGAUUUCUAUGCUGCUCUCCGCUGGCGUGGGAGCCGUUGCCCUUUGGCUGUAA